AUGAUUGAUGUCCAACACGUUACCUCCCUAUCUUUCUCAUCCAAUCAUGGCGGGCAAGCUAUCUUAGCUGUAGCACGGGCAGACGGUCGCAUUGCUUUAUGGAGUCCGUUCGAUGCAGAGCCUCGCUUCGAUGCUACGCAACCUAAGCCUAUAUCCUGCACUGCUUUUAGACCAACUAUCGUCAAAAGGCCAUCACUACGCGACAAUGCUAUGCCAGUGCCUACCGAAGAACUGCUUGUUGGAGACGAGGCAGGCCACAUAUACUUUUACAGCAUUGAAUGGCCGACCGAAACAGAAAGCGCUAUCUUUGGAUGGAAUGGGGCAAUGACACUGUUGGCUCGCUUAACGGUUCACUCUCAGCAAAUAUGCGGUCUCGCAUGGUCACCCAAUGGCGAACUCUUCGCCAGCGGCGGUAAUGACAAUGCUUGCUACCUCUAUGAAACGAAGAAAGUCCUCAACAGCCCCAACGCCGAUAAUGAGACCCCCGACACGGUCAAUGUACGCCAGGGCCCCGACGGCGACAGUAUAUACACCGUAGCUCCCGGCCGCAGCACCGUCCUACAAGUCUCUAGCACGCAAGCAAAACACAAGUGGGAACUCAACGCCGCUGUAAAGGCCAUCGCUUUCUGUCCUUGGCAGCGCGGUCUUCUUGCCAUCGGAGGUGGGUCCAAUGAUCGAUGCAUACACUUCUACCACACCAUGUCCGGCGCCUGUCUUGCGACCAUCGAUUGCGCAGCCCAAGUCACCUCCCUCAUCUGGAGUCAGACACGCCGCGAGAUCGCAGCCACUUUCGGCUUCGCGCAGCCUGAGCAUCCGUUCCGUAUCGCCGUCUUUGCGUGGCCUAGCUGCGAGCAGGUCGUUGCGGUGCCCUGGUUCGACGAGAGCCGCGCGCUAUAUGCGAUUCCGUAUCCUGGGGGACCGGAUGCGGGGGCCGAUGCUAGGUCGCCAGGAGAGGAUGGGGUGUGGUGGAGGAGGGGUCUGGAGGAAGGGUGUAUUGUUGUGGCGGCGAGCGAUGCGGCGAUCAGGUUCCACGAGAUAUGGGCUGGGGGAAGAAGGGGUGGGGAGUGCAAGUGGGUUGCUUGGUGGGAGUGA